GCAACUCAUUGUUUCUUUAAUGAAAAAUCAAAAUACAUCUACUCAGAGUGAGGAGCAAUCAAAUGUCAAUGUUCAAUCAAAUUCUCAUGUUCAUUCCACUCAGAGUGUCAAGAACCACACAUUUGGCUCAAAAUGCAAAAUAUUAGAUUGGAUUGGAUCUGGAGAAAUUAUUGCAGAAGGUUAUUUUAUCUCAAGUGACCCAAAGGAUGAGGUUCACCAUGUUCCUCUUGGGCCUAGUGCUAUGAAAGUGGGGAUAGAUCUUGUGAGAAAGAAUGAUGCAUUUCUGUGGAGGCCUUCAACAAUUAUGUCUACUAUAGAAGAUGUUGUAGGUAGUAUAAUUGCAUGGCCAGCUGAUAAAGUUAUAAUUAGCUAAACAAAUGGACUCACAACAAAGACAAGUUCACAAAGGAUGAUGAAUUGAAGGAUGGAGCAAGUUUCACGCAUGGUUUACUUUUGUGUAUCUUGUAAUGUUUCUAUUUUUCAUUUUUGAAGUAAAAAUUGUUCAAGAUUAUAAAACUUUAUUAUGUUAUGCUUUCAAAAUUAAGUUAGAACUAAGAUCUCAUGAUGUAGACACAUUCAUGGUUUGAAUUAGUUAUUGUUUAAUGUAAUACUUAUGGUUUAUCAAUCUAUUG